CUGACGCCUGGCGCAGCUCCGGCAGCCGCCGCGGGAGCCGAGGUCCCGGAGGAGCCGUGCGGAGCCACCACCGAGCGAGGGCGGCGUCGCGGGCCGGAGCCGCCAUGGCCGAGUUCCCGUCGAAAGUGAGCACGCGGACUAGCAGCCCCGCGCAGGGCGCCGGCGUCUCAGUCUCGGCGCUGCGCCCGGACCUGGGCUUCGUGCGCUCCAGCUUCGGGGUGCUCAUGCUGUUGCAGAUGGUGCUGGGGCUGCUGGUGUGGGCCCUGAUUGCUGACACCCCAUACCACCUGUACCCUGCCUACGGCUGGGUGAUGUUCGUCGCUGUCCUCCUCUGGCUGGUGACAAUCGUCUUCUUUAUCCUCUACCUGUUUCAGCUGCACAUGAAGUUGUACAUGGUGCCCUGGCCGCUGGCGCUAAUGGUCUUUAAUAUCACUGCCACCAUUCUCUACAUCACUGCCUUCAUCACCUGUUCUGCUGAAGUUGAUGUGAAGUUCCUGAAGGGCACCCGGUCCUAUAACCUGCGUGCUGCUGCCUCUUUCUUCGCCUGUCUGGUGAUGAUCACCUAUGGAGUGAGCACUUUCUUCAGCUUCCAGGCCUGGCGAGGAGCAGGCAGCAAUGCAGCCACCAGUCAAAUGGCUGGUGGCUAUGCCUAAGCCACCUGUGCUGUGGCCCACACCAGUGCAGGGCUACCUACAUGCCCAGGGCCGGGGCCCUGUGGGUCAGCGCAGCGCCCUGCUCAAGGGACAUCAGCUCUUCAGUACUCCUGAGGAUGCAGGCCUGGGAUGAACCUGUGUGGGUGUGGUAAAGACUUCCUCAUCCCCCUUAUUCAGCAGAAGGUGACGGGGGAUGUGGGGUUUUCUCACGGGCAGUCUUGCCUUGGAGGACCUCAGGCUCCAAGGCUGGGCCCAUCCCUCUCACUCAGCGCUAAAUGCACUAACAGACUCCAAGCCUGAGCCCUGAGCUGCCAUAGGAUAAGCUAACAAGCAACACAGAUAUCAUAGCCUUUGUUUCUGGAGAGCCAAGCAAGCCCACCACCAUUCCUUAAGGGGCCACCCUGACCUCCCCCAGGCCCGUGUGUCACCCAGCAAGGCAGCCUGGUAACUUCCUCAGCUGUGAUCCUCCUUGUGAAAUGGUGACAUCCAUGCAGAUUGCUUCCCCAGGCUGCUGAUCAAGCUCAUGGAAUGCAGGAGGGAGGGAACAGGACUUUGCCUGAAUUGUCACAUGGUUGGUGGUAUCUCUGGGUUUUUUGUUUUGUUUUUUACAAUUUAAAUAAAGAUGAAGGAACUUAUUUGGAAAAGA